GGGCAGGAAACAACAAUUCCCAAGAUGCACUACAAAUUACCGUUGCCUCUGGACUGGACGGGGGAAGGGAAGCUGAGAUUGGAGGGAGAAACAAUCAGAAACUGAGAUAGAAAGAAGAGCUAUCUCUAUGACCCGCAUCCCUCAAGACGUCUUUAGUUCUCUCUGCGGACAUUUGUUGGCGCAUCGAGGAAAGCUAAAGACAGUCGUGAGCACCACUUUGGUUUGAGGAAAUUCAUCUGCCUCUGUAUUGGUACUUCUUGGUGAAUGCUGGAUUUGUCUUGACUGCCAAAGUAAUGAAGUGUCUUGGACAGGGCGAGCCCAGCCCCGAGAAGCAAUGUCCCUAUGCAGCGUCUGUGUACCUUUGGUGGGGUUGAGGAGGGUGGUUGAUCUGUGGAGAAGAGGAAGGAGGCAGGUUUCCAGGAAACUGGCAUAUUGAUGGAUAGAAAUUUCCUCAACUGAGCUAUUGUAGAUUGAUGCCUGCGCAUUCCACAGCCCUACAGAGCAAGAGAGGGGAAAAAAGCAAGGCUGCCACAAUAAAAAAGAAACUUGCAUUCUAAUUUCCAACAAAGGAACCAAAAGAAUGAUGUGCACAACACAAAUGUCAUCAUCAGGACUAUGAAACCUGUAGACUGACUGUGGACAUGGAGAUCUGUGUUUGAGGGGACAAUUGUGCACUAUAGAAACCAUGGUGUUGGCUUCAUAGCCUAAGAGACUUUUAAAGGCCAGAAUCAAGACCAUUUCAACAGCCAACAAAGUCUAAUGCAAUGGAAGAAGACAUCAGUGUCACAUCCCACACUGAGGGUCUGAAUGGUUUGUCACAUGAACAUAUACCUUUAGAGAUCACCAAUGGAUGCUCCAACCAUAAACCUGUCAUGAAUGGAGUAGUUAAAGGUUGUAAUGGAGGUCUCACUAAUGGGAAUGCACCUCUUGGAUCCCUGCCGAUAUCUGCACUGAAGCAGAACGGUCUUCUACAGGCAUUGACAGAAGGAGGCAAUCAGUCCAGCCUUACAGAGGAAAGGGAAAAUGUGGAAUUGGAGAAGGCCAGGCAGGAGUGGGACGCCCUGGAAAACAUCCUACCAGCCAUAACAGAGGACUCCACCCCAACUCCACUCAUCUCCUUUAAUGAAGCCUUGCAGUACUUCCAAACUACAGAUCUUGGAGACUUGCUGAAGAACAUUCAGCCAACUAUUCGCAGGACUGGUCUGGCUGCAAUCACACAUUUUCUUUUUGGAUCUCCAAGACUGCAUAAGGAUCUCGUGGAGGAGAGAGAUCUCGUCUUUGCCAUCGCACAGUGCCCUGUGGAUAACAGCCAACCAGUUCACAUGCGAGUCCUGCAGACUAUUUAUAAACGGCUGAUUGGCAGCAGGCUGGACUGUCCUCGCUUUGGUCCACACUGGGAGAACAUUGGCUUUCAGGGCACUGACCCAGCCACUGACCUACGCGGCACUGGUUUCCUUGGACUAAUGCACACUCUCUACUUUGUGAUGGAUCCAGAGACUCUGCCACUGGCUAAAGAUAUUUUCAGAUUAUCACAGCACCCCACACAGAACUUCCCAUUCAGUGUGAUGUCAAUCAACAUGACCCGCAUUGCUUUGCAAGUGCUAAGGGAGGAAGCCCUGACAAAGGAGUGCAAUCGCCGUCAGCAAGUGGUUGGCGUGCUGAAUGAGUUUUACGUUGCCACGUACCUGUAUGUAUACCAGCUGUGGAAGAGCCAACAGAAGACCAUUGCUGACUCUGGCUUUGUACUAAGAGAGGUGGAGCUGUUUGCCAAAAAGAACCCCAAGCAGAUACUGCGCCGACUAGAGUUCUUCCUGAAGGAGAAGCGAGGGGGCGAACUCCCUCGGGGAGCAUCACCUGACCCUCAGGCCCGCCAGCCAUCUCCCAUCCUGGGGGCCAGAUUAGGGGCGGGACAAGGAAGCAAAGCAAAGGAGAUGCAUUUCACAGGCGUGUGUGAUCUACAAGCAGACAUGGAGGGAGAAGCUAGACUCAUCUAGGCUAGACCUUGUGUGUAUGUCUGUGUAUGUGGGUGGGUGUGUGUGAGCUAUCCUGUCUAUAUCUAUUACUGUAUGUGUGAAAGGCUUACUCAGAGCUACAAGAAGAGCCCACCAGUCCCUGUCAAGGGUCUGCUAUUGUAACCUAUUCAAACACUUCUACUCCUUCCACUGAUGCUGGGGAGCUGCACUUUGAUCUGACUAAGCUUGGGGAUCUUUCAGAAUGAUUUUUUUUCCCCUAUAACUUAUUUUAAAAUCUACGGACAUGGAAUAGUCAUAUAUACAUAUAUAUAUAUGUGUAAAGGGUCUUUAAUGAAAGAUGUCACAAACACCUUUUGAGUGAAUAUUUGCACUUUUCUGUAGAUUUAGGAGCCAAAUCAAAAGCUGCCAAAUUCUCAUUGAGCUCUACACGUCUUGAAGCCCCAAAAUGUAUACAUUAUACUUCAAAAACAAAAAAAACACAUAGCAACAAUAUGUUUAAACUUUAGGGAAGCAUGGCAAAGAGUAGCUUUUUUUUGGUAAAGGCUUGAGAGGGGCACUGUCAGAGAGAGUUUACCCCAGUGAUGAUGUCAUCAAAGGAAGGUUGGCAGCUCAGAAUGGAGCUUUGCAUGGCUGAACUGAACCCCUUCAGAGUUCAGGAUUUUCAAAAUGGUUUUCUGUGUCCCAACAGUGCUGCUCAGCUGCAAACAGUGAAAGAGCAGCAUCAGUGGGGAUAUAGAUGCAUGCUCUCUGAAGGUGGUGAGUUUCUAAGUUGUGUUGGUGAAAUAUUUUAGAGUCAAACACAAAAAAUCCUAAGCCAACUACAGCUUAUUUACGAGUUGAGAUCCAAUAUUUACAAGAGAAUUAUAAGAGUAAUAUACAGAAGUGGAAAUGCACAAUAACAUAGUUAUUUGUUUGGAAGUCCUCUUUCUUCCACCGUCUGGUAGAAUUGGCUUAAAAGGUAAAAUACUGAGGGAAAAAUGCCCUUUUUUUUUUUUUAGGGGAACUGUCUGUUAAGUCACCACCUCUCAGUUGAUGCCGUCACAUUGAUGGCUCAGCGGCAGACGCGAUUUUCAAGUGACCCAUCGUACGGUAACGUUGCAGCUAAAGCAAAAGUUUCCGAAGAGUGCGUCUGCUUGGCUCGGUCGCAGCUGAAGCCAAAGGUCCUCUAUAAGCUUUCUCUACAUUCCGUUACAAAGCAUGUGAUUGUAAUUUUUUUUAUUAUUAUUUUAUAAAGGGUUAACAAAUUGAUUCCAAUGUGUGUGUGUGUGUGUGGGGGGGGGGGGGGGUGAUGGUGUUAAACAAUUGAGCUGUACCUACUGAAGGGUGCCUCUCCAAGAAGACAUAGGAGAUGUAUGGUUGUAUGCAAUCCCUGCUCUUUCUCUAUGAUAAUCAAAACACUAGUGCUGCGAGGUGAUACCAUUUUUUUUUUCUAACUUCAGGGUUUGUGCACUUGUGCAAGCGAAUGUGAUUGCGUAUGUGUGUGAGUCACACCACAGAAACCGACUACAGAUGGGGUGCUUUCUUUUGCACAAUAAAAGCCAGCUUUACUAAGUACUUGAUCCCUCUUCCUACAGAUGGUACUCUAGUCAUUUUCAAAAUGGUACGCAAAGACCAUAUCUUAAACAAAACAAAGUUGUGUUUGUUUGUUUUCAAAGCCCUGUGUCAGUUAUGGAUCAAGCUGUCAUGGCUAACAUUUGAAGGACUCUGAGAUGGGUAGAGCUUCUCAGCAAAGCUGGUUUGUCCUUUGUGCUCACAUGAAAACGUCCCCCAUCACUGUAGUCUCAUCUGUAGCAUGUUCAGGUAGCACUAGUACUGUAGCAUCUAUAGCCUCCUCCUCCGUGUAAAGCUUGUUGAUGUCACGUCUCAGUUACAGUCUGUAGUGUCGAUGAAAAGUGCAACCUGUUACUAAUAUAGCACAUACGUUUCAGUUGUCUUUGUAACAAAUCCAAGUGGUACGGUGAGAGCUUUGGAGAGAGAUGUGGACGAUACCCGACACAACGUUUUCUUGAGGUGGCGGAAAUGAAUUUGGUGCCUGCACAAAGUGGAGUCCCGAAGGGUUGAGCGCUGGUUUAUUUUGGUGACAGACAUUCUGGAUUUGAAGCAAUGCAACAUGUCGUGUUGAUGCAAAGGACCCAUCCCAGUCUGUGAAUUUGCUUAGCACGUCCACAUUUGAAUCUGAGUUCACGGAACUCCUUUUUUCAUCCUUAUCACCAUCAUGACACUCCCUCCACCCUGCAUAUGACCUGAAGUAGUCUUGUCAGGUGUUUGUGAGUGUUUUUGUUUUUUUUAAGUGGUUAGGAAAGUUUGCACUGUUGUGGAUAUGUGUGUGUGCGUGUGAGGUGCACUAGAGGAAACAGGCCAUCUUCGACAGCCAUAUUGUAACGUUCAUUAUCACCCAGUUCAUUGAUGACAUUGCUGUGGGAUGUCCAGGGCCAUCAAAUUCCCCUUCCCGCUCGAAAACUAAAUUGCACCAUUAAUAUGAUCUCAUAUUUAGUUUUUAUUCAAUUUUAAACAGAGGAGCAGUACGGUGUAUGUAAAUCAGGAAGUUUGUAUAUAGAGAAAUAAUGAUUGUAAUUGUAUGAUUGUCUGUAGGGCAUUAUACUGAAGAAACAUUGCUUACCUCAAGACUUAAGACAAAUCCUCCCUUUCUCCUGUUUGUUUAGCCUCUCAAGUCAGACUUUUUUUUGUUUUGUUUUCUUGACUUUAGGCCUUUUUUGUCACACUAACUGAACUUGCAUCAUAUACAUCCACUACCUAAAGCGCAGUUAACAGCAGCCUAAAAGCAAAGCUGGUUCAUUGCUAGUGCGUUCGUCUCAACGACACCAUACAGACCCACAGGCUCUGAUGCGGACAUAAACCAAAAUCCUUCAAAUGAACUCCGAUUGGCUGACGUUUGUUGACACAAGCUGGCUUUUCGUGGCUUCAGUGGUCGUAUAUACAAUAUACUUUUGCUGUGAUUAAAUGUUUUGCUGUCAGGAAUCCACACAGAACCCCAUCCUGUCUUUAUAGCACAGUCACAUAUACUGUAUGUUCGUAAAGAUUAUUUGGCUCAACAGGCAAGCAUAUUGCUGUGUAUUCUUGACCUUUGCGUAUAUAUUUAGUCUCACAACAAGGCCAGAUUGUCAAUUGAUUUUCCCUCUUUUUUAUGUUAAAACAGAGAAUAUUUCUUAUGCUUUGACCAUCACAAAGGGUUCUUUAGUUGAGUAACCAGAUCCAAAGGGAGGGGGAGGCGAAACGGGUUCUUAAAGGAUGCUGGAUGCUGAGAAAAGUGCCUCCUGAACAUCUGCUUCUCAAAGCAGAUGUUUGGGAAACAGUUGCUUCUCUCGGCAUCCAGCGUUUUAUAUGAAGGUGAUUUAAUGUUGCCAUUCUUGUCAUAUUCCUCAGAGCAUUUUAUGACUAUACCUUGAUUGUAGAAGCCCUAUUUUAUACUGAGAGUUAUUUCAGAAUACAGUAUGUGCUGUUCUACAUUAAAUGUAUUGUAUGGAAAAAGCUAAAUAAAUGCGAUUUAAAUUGA